AUGGCAAGCUCAGACUCAGUGCCGAAGAGCAUGUUUAGCCCGGCGAUUUUCGAGCAUCUCCAAGCAAAGCUCGAUGAGGAUGCUCAGGUUCGUGAAGAGCUCCGCAAUAUCGUACAGGCUAUGGAACGGCAAGUUAGCAGCACUCUUUCCGAGGCCUGGGAAUCCAUUAGCAAACAAGUCGAAACCAUUGGCAAGCUCAAUGAGGUAGCAUCGAAGCAUCCAUACUACAGAUACAACAACAUGUGGUCAAGAGAAAUGCAGAAUGCAAGUUUCGCUAUCGUUCUUUGGGGUUGGCUUCGCAGCCAUAUGCCGGACUACAAUGGGCAGAAGGGGGAGCUGUUCGCAAUUGAGGAGGUGGGUAAGCUGCUCUACGUGCCGGUUAGCCUUAAAACACAAGAUGUCUUCCACAUGACAAUCGAAGAAUACCUUCACUCUCUUAUAAGUCUCAUCGAAGAGCUGGCACGCCUAGCUGUCAACUCCGUGACGCUUGGCGACUACCACCGACCUCUAGAAAUCAGUCGAUUCGUCAAGGACCUCCACGCUGGUUUUCAAAUCCUGAACCUGAAAAACGACACGCUGCGCAAGCGAAGCGAUAGUAUCAAAUACAAUGUGAAGAAGAUCGAAGACGUCGUCUAUGACCUCUCGCUACGAAACCUCGUGCCUCGAGGGACAGCGGGAGCUUGA